AUGAUUACAAGCUCUCCCAAUCUAAAAGAACUACAAAUUUCAGGUUCAUCGAACAUACCAGUUGUUGUAGAUGCCCCAGACUUGGAUUUUUGGGAUAAAGGAUGUCUUUCAGAUUCUGCAUUUAACAAGCUUAAAAUUGUGAAGUUGUCAGAAAUGGGUAGUUGGUCUCAUGAGAUAGAAUUUAUCAAAUAUUUGCUUGGCCGUUCUCCCAUGCUUGAGACAUUGAGUAUCAUUCCUUGUGUAUUUGAAAUGGAGAAUAAUUUGAAAAUGUUGAUCAAAUUGGUGAAAUGUCGAAGAGCUUCUUCUAGAGCAGAAGUUAUUUUCAUCCACGAGUGA